GUAGCCGCUCCUCGUCUACCGAAGUGCCUGUCCGGGACGGGCGGGAACCGGGGGUGUGUAUUUACAUGUCGCCCGAAUAGGAAACGCGGCUCGGAUGUGCGCGUCACUUUUGAGGCAGUUAGACGAACCCCCCCCCCUAGAUCUGCGUCGGUUUCUGUUUAUCAAUUCUGCAUGGAAGAACCCUAUUCUUGACCGUCUGACUUCUUGAGGUCGCUUCUAUGAGGUUUUCUGAGGUUUCUGGAAGGGAGGCUGCGGGGGGCGGGUGGAGUGGAAUUAGGGAGAUUGCUGCUACACGUCGUUCCUAGAGUGAGAAAACAGACCGGGAUUCUAUAUUUGGAGAUGGGAUAUAUAUUGCUGAACAACGGCCCCGCUGUCGAUCUUUUUUGAUGUGCAAACUACAUCUGCUCUUUCUGUCAUUAGUCUCUGAUAUACAUUUCCCGCUGUUCCGAAUCUGGCAUCUGACAAAAGACAAUGGACAUCAACAACAUGCUCGACCGCUCCUCACCCUGCAAAAACCCGCGCCGACCGUUCGCAUGCACAUGGCCAGACUGCGCAAAGUGCUUCAGUCGCAACUCUGACCUCCAGCGACACUUCAAGAUCCACACGCAAGAACGGCCGUUCGCGUGCCAGUACGUGAACUGUAACAAGUCGUUUAUCCAGCGAUCUGCUCUCACCGUGCAUUUCAGGACACAUACAGGUGAGAAGCCCUAUCUGUGCAUGUACAUUGGCUGCGAGAAGCGGUUUUCAGACGUAAGUUGCCUUGCCUUCAUCUUCCCUCUCUCCUCUGCUCGUACUAACAGCCUUCCUCGCGUUGCAGUCAUCAAGUCUCGCAAGACACAUGCGCACCCACUGCGCAAAGCCAGGCAACCGCUGCCCCCAACCAGGCUGCGGCAAGCUCUUCCCCCGCCGCAUCGCUCUCUACCGCCAUCUGCAGAUCGUCCACAACAUCGACUCGAACCCGGAGCAGUACGCCCGCUCGCAGCGGCUGAUGAUCGAGCACGCCGCCGUCGUGCGGGAUGCCGCGGCCGCGAACGCUUCUCGAUCGCGGUCGGCGCAGGUGUCGGCGAAUGGGCGGGUUGAUGCGUUGCUGCCUAUUCGGCAUAUAUACGGAUCGAGUUUGCAGGGUGCCGAGUCGGCGUACACGCCCGCCACCUACGCCGAGUACUAUUACAGUCUGCAGCAGCAGCAGCAGCAGCAGCAAACUGAGUACAGCGACAAGUCACCGCACGGCGGUCCGAUAAGCCCGGGCACCAUGUCGCC